AUCUUAGAGGAGGAAUUUGAUCUUUCUGGACCAGCCGCUUCCUCAAGCAGGAACCUUCCCACUCAAUUCUCUUCUCCACCCUUGAUGCCUGGGUUGUUGCAGAGUUUACAGGAGACACUAGGAACGGAAGCGAGGCCCACCGCAAUUCAAGCAUCCUCAAUGAAGCAUCUAUUCCAGGAACACGUCGAAGGCGAGAAGUACAAGGAGUUCCUUCUUGCCAGCGAGACAGGAUCUGGAAAGUCGAUAGCAUACCUCCUCCCCGUACUUCAGGAUCUCAAACGCACGGAGCACGAGCAGUCCAAUGCUAUUGUCCACCAUUCAUCUCGCAAGCCUCUCAAUCCACGUGCGCUCGUACUUGCACCUACGCACGAACUCACUCGCCAACUUGCGAGUUUUGCGAAGAGCUUGUCCCAUGUCAUCAAAUUGCGCGUCAUGUGUGCUAGCAAGGCCAAUACAGCAAGUACGGCCAAGUCUAGUGGAACGGCUUCGAAAAUGAAAGGGAAAUUCGAGGGAGCUGGUGCUUCGAGCGACACUGAGUUCAUCAUCUCGAAAACUUCUCGUGGGUCAAGACCGGUAGACUUACUGGUGGGCACGCCAAUGAAAAUUCUUGAGAUGGAGCGCGGGAGGGGCUGGAACUGGGAGGAGCGCGCGCGAGAGCGAGCCAUGAAGAUAGGGAAGAAAGCUGAAGAGCGCGAAGAUGUAAAGGAAGAAGACGGGGAAAACAAAGAACCACCGCGAGAGUUCUGGAUUGACGAGCCCGAGAUGGGUUUGGAGAACGUGCAGUGGGUGGUUGUAGAUGAAGCAGACGUCCUGUUCGAUCCGGACUUCCAGGAAUCCACUCGUAUGCUUCUUGCAGAUAUUGCAGCAGCACGUGGAUCGCCUGUCCCGGUAAUUCCUGCCUCAGCCCUAUCCUCCACUCCGGAUUCAGACGCAUCCGCACAACCAAUCUCCUACCCAUUCAACUUCCUUCUCACUAGCGCAACAAUCCCCGCAUCUCUUUCCACCUAUCUUUCUAACAACCACCCAUCCCUCACCCGCCUUGCAUCCCCACGUCUGCACCACCUCCCUUCGACCCUCCGCACAGAACACACCUCCUGGACAGGCGGGAACAAGAGCGCAGACAUCGAACGCCGCAUCCGUCGCGUAUGGGCCGAAGACGCCCUCGUGCACUCCAAAACCGCCACAGGUCCCGGCCCCAUCAAACUCUCCAAACUCCUCGUGUUCUGCAACAAGCGGCACAAAGUCGAGCAACUUGCUGCAUUCCUUGACAGCCGCGGCAUCAAAUGCGUAGCGCUCACCGGUAGUGCCGACGCGCGCAAACGAGGCUCAAACCACCACCUUGACGGGUUCUUGAAGAUGGCUGGGCCUGAAGCGACGGGACCGGGUGUGUGUGAUCCGGCUCAGACGCCUCAUGUGCUUGUUACGACGUCGUUGCUCUCGCGCGGGUUGGAUUUUUCGCCGAGGAUCCAGCAUGUGUUUAUUGUUGAUGAGCCGAGGAAUAUGAUUGAUUUUUUGCAUCGUGCUGGACGGGCUGGAAGGGCGGGUGAGGCGGGGAAGGUGGUGGUGUUUGGGAGGGCGAAGGGGAGGGGGAGUGGGCGGGCGGAGGAGGUCAAACAGAGGGUUAGGGCUGUUGCUGGGUAG